UUUCAGCGCUGAAACGUCUGUGGCUGUAACUAACGUCGUGAUUUACGCUACAGGCUGCAGCAUUUUCUAAACCACUGGCGGAAAAAAAAUCUAACUCCUUGGAUUCGAAAUGUCUUUCUCAAGAGCCCCUUUGAAAAGGUUCAACGAAGCUGUUGGUUGCACCCCUGCACCAGGCAUCUACGACAUCAAACCUGGAGAACUGAAGGGAGCUGCGUCCUUUGAUAAAUCGGAUCGGUUCAAAGAUGCUAAAGCGGUACCCCCAUCAUCACCGUCACGAAUUACACUGAUGUCUCCAGUCAGAAGAACAAUAUCAUUUGAUGGACUGGUUGAGGGGUCAAGUACAAAAAAUACCUUGGAAAUGAAACAACGACGACUAUUGGAGAAAGAGAUCCGCUCACUGGUCCAGCAGCGUGGGGAGCAGGAUCGACGGCUGCUCUCCCUUGAGGAGGACCUAAAAAAGGUGGAGGCCAAGCUGUUGGCAGCAGUCAGGGAAAAGACCGGCCUGACUGCCAGCAUCACCACCCUUGAAAGACAGAAAGCUGAACUAAAGAAAGUUAAUGAGUUCUUAAAAAACAAGGUUUCAGCUGAUCUAACAAAAAAGAGGAUCAAUUCACUUACAAUGGAGUUAAUGGAAGCCAGGAACAAAUUGGACAGCAAAAAUAAGGAGCUAAGUGUUCUUGAGGUCAGCAUCACCGGUCACCUCGAGGUGUUAGAAAUGGAUCUCAGAGCUACCAAGGAUACUGUCAAAGCCUUAACAGACAGAAAUAAUGACUUGGAGGAGCUCAAUCAAGUGAUGAAUACCCAAAAUGAGGAGUUGGAACAACAGAAUGACAGGUUACAUGCUGAGCUAGUGGAGCUAAAAGCGGAGAUCAAGGUUGUACAGGGAUAUCUGGAUACAUCCAAUGAUCAGAUUCAGGAUCUCCGCUUAAAGCUUAAAGAGACAACACAACAGGGCAUUGUCUCUAACUCCAAGCUGCAGAACCUGAAACACCUAGCGCAGGAACUAGAGCAGAGCAACACCAAGCUUGAAAGCACUGAAGUUGCUCUGAGGCAAAAAGAGGAGGAAGUGCUGAAAUAUCAGCAUGAGAUGCAGGCCUCACAGGAGGCUUUAUCAGAAGCGAAGAGGAAGUUGAAGAGCCAAGAGUUGGAGCUUGAGGCAUCCCAAAAAUCAGUGAGUGUUUUGGAGACACAAGUUAAGUUCAUCAACGGAGAAGUCCAGGACUCUCGAGGAAAGGUUGGUCAGCAGGAGGCUGAGCUGGCUCUGCUACGGGAGGCGCUCCAGACUAUGGAGAGAAAGAUGGAUGAAAGAGUGGCACAUCUUGAACAAAUGUGUCUUUUUUCGGCAGAAGAGAAAAACAAAAUUCAAGAGGAUGGCUUCAGAAGAGUGGAGGAGUUAACCACAGAGCUCAAACUGCUGAAGGACACUAACAGAGAUGAGAGAGAGACACAGAUUCAGCUCCAGCAUGAGCAUGCUUCUUUCAUUGAGGAACUGGAGAAAGAAAGGGCUCUGGUAAACUCUUUGACUGUACUGCUGGAACGAGAGAGGCAGGAGUCAGAGGAGUGCCAAAGUAAACUGUAUGAGGAGAUGGAGGAGGUGCUGGGAGAGCUGGCUCUCAUGGAGGAACAGGAGCAAAGACGAGGUGAAGCGAGGGAGCAGAGUCAAGAGAAAAUUAAUGCGUUGGAAAGACAACUGAGUGAAACGAGGGAACUUUUUGAGCGCACCAAACAGGCUCUGAGGGAAGCCGAUAAGAGCAGGACAAAAAUGGAAGAGGAGAUGAACGGAAUGACCCAGCAGCUGGAGGAGGAGAUGGACGAAGUGAUUCAACAAAAAGAUGAGGAGCACCGAAUGAGACGGGAGAAUGCAGGAGUUUUGCAGGAGGUGCAGGCUCGCCUUGCUCAAAAAGUUCAGGAGAUACAGGCUCUGGAGGCCAGCCAUGCUGUGAGAAUCUGUCAGUUAGAGCAGGAGCGACUGCGCCAGACAAAAGACAAGGAAGAUGCACUGAGCAAAGUAGAAGAGCAGAAAGGGCAUGAAGUUGCUGAGCUUCACCAUCAGGAACAAAUGGCUCAGAAACAGCUGGAGGAAGUCUGCCAGGAAAAGGUGAACAUAAUGGAACAAAUGCUACACGAAAAAGAGGAGAAAAUUAAAUAUCAAGCAGCGCUUGAGGCAGAAAGGGCAGCACUGGAGGCUGAAACGAAAGACCACCAACAGCUCAGGUCAGAGGUUCUCAGACUACAGACUGAGCUUAAUAGCUUGCGUGAGGAAAGAAGUCGACUCGUGUCUCAAAUUGAACUGUCAGACCAAUCAGAGCAGGGACUUCAGCAUCGAGUGGAGGUGGCAGAUAGAGAGAAGACGGGGCUUCAAGCUCGCUUGGAUGAAGUUCAGCUCGAAUGUAUAAACCUUCAAACACACACAGACCUCACAGAGGAGAAGGUAGAGGGUCUGCUGUACAAAAUGGAACAACAACAACAUGAGCGACACGCUCUACAGCACCAGGUGAAGGCGCUGACUCAGGAGAAGGUCACACUGCAGUGGGAGAUGGACGAGCAGGGGCAGAAACUCCAGAACCAAAUAAUGGAAGCACAGGAGAAGAGCUCCUCAAGCUCCGAAACAGAACACUGGAGGACAAAGUAUGAGGAGCUGUUUGCUAAGGUCAAACCCUUUGAGGAGCAGUUGAAUUACUUUGCUGCUGAGCGAAAUGCACUCAUCAAUGAAAAUGGAGCAAACCAGGAGGAGCUAACCAAGCUGUCAGAUGCUUACGCUCAUCUGCUGGGUCACCAGAACCAGAAGCAGAAGAUUAAACAUGUAAUGAAGCUGAAAGAUGAGAAUUUUGACCUGAAACAGGAGGUACUGAAGCUUCGCUCCCAGUUGAGCCGUCAGAAGAGUGAUCUGAAUUACCUCAAGUCAAAGCUCCCCGGUGAUUCUCAGCGCAGGUUUGAUCCCAGUAAAGCGUUCCAACACAAUAAGGAGAACAGGCAGAAUGAGACUGCAACACCUUUGAAAGAAGACAAUCACACAGUGAAGACAUCCUACUAGUAGAGAACAGCAAUGGCUGAGCUUCUUGGGUGUUGAUUAUUGUGAAUAAGAACAUGUUUUUUUUUGUAAAUCUUUAUUUUUCCAAUAAUUGACGAGUCUCAUAAUAAUUUUUAGCAUUUGUGUUUUUAUUGCCUUUGGGACAAGAAAAUUCAGAUUAGUCUUAGAUUUCUUACAAAAGACAUUUUUAGAAAGUGGGUAUAAGAAAUGUUUUACAAGUUGUUCCUCUACUUUUGUCCAAGCCAUUUAAAAAAAAAAAAAAAAGAAGCCUGUUUUACUGUCAGUAUCGGUAGGCA